AUGGCACAUGGUCUAAAGACCACAACGGGAGCAGGAAUUUCAAAGCUAUUGCGGCUCAUCGACAUACUCGGAGUGGUGGCUUCCAGCUCGGCACCGCUUGUUGGUUGCCAACUAACCACGCGGGCAAGCAUAUUUGAAUAUGAUCCCUCCGCCCAACACGUGGCAUUACAAUCACGUGCAUCACCCACCAUUAUCUACUCCCCACCUGUCGGAUUUAUGUGGACAAAUCAGGUCACAUUAGCGGUGCCGAACAUGGCAGUUCCAGACACGUGGCUUCUAGAGGGGGAAUUAGGUUUAAUGAUACGGUAA